GGGGCCGCCGGGGGGCUCAGCUGGCUGUGUGGAGGCUGCGGCGACGGGGAGCGUCCCAGCCCCUGUGUGUGUGCCUCCCCGAGAUGGUGUGUGCGCCUCCUGGGCUCUUGACAGCGAAGAUCUCGGAGCCUCGCCUAGUAUUGGAUCCGACAUAGCAAGUUGGCCUGGCUUUCAAAGAAGGAAACUGAUCCUCGGGAGCCUGGACAAAGGCGUCAGGCUGUGGAAUCGAUGCCUUCCGAAGAUUCCCCAUUGAUGAUGAUGGAUGACACAAGAAGUCUGUGCCCUGUGGAUUCGACUUCGUUUAACAGUUCCUGACGGGGGGACUGUGGCUCUGUGUGGUCAUGCAUUUUUUUCUUUAAUUUUAGAUAUCUGCAUUAUAAAAGUCAGAUUUUAUCACAGACUAUUUGUGGACUGAGGUAGAUUUUCUGCAAAAAAAUUUCAAGUUUAGAAUUUUAAUGUUUUUCAUAACUGGGCAGUAAGACAUGGUUGGAGAAUAUAGUAAAACUAUCCCUUACCAUGUCUGGAAAAUGCAUUUAUUUGAUAGUUAAAAUCAAGUGGAUCUGAAAUUAUAGCUCUUCAGUUUUUCUCUGAAUCUUAAUUAAAAGAUGCACACUUAAGAUCAUUUAAUUAAGACACUGAUUUAAAUGGAAGGAUGGCAUGGUAAAAUUAGCAAAGUUGUUUAAAAUCUUUUUAUCAUUAAAUGAAUUUUUAGGGCUUGGCUUCCUUUUCCUAGCAGUUCAUUGUGGCCUGACAUCAACACCCUCACUCAUCACUUUGGCAUUCAUAACUAAACCAGGGUUAGUGUGUGCUUUGAUUUUUGUGCAGUGACAUUCAAAACUAGAAUAGGAUAAUUUGUGUUUUGACUUUUAUGCAAUCUAAUGUGUCAGUAGACUUCCUGGAGAUUUUAAGGAAAUAGUGUAUUGUGAGAAAUACUCUGAGUCUCUUAGAGAUGUUCUAGAUGUUACUGUCUAUGGAUAAAUGAUAGCAUUGCUCUACUAUGGCAAAAGCAAAGAAGUUUAAACAUUAACUUCUAUUUGGCAAAUUAGAGCAAACUUUAGGUCUCUUGGAUUGGAAUUCAAUAGCUUUGUGCCUGUGAAACUGCUUAAUGGAAAUGGUUUUAGUUAAGACACUUUUAGAUAAGGUGGUUUUUAAGCUAGGAUGUGUUGUGAGCGGCAUUUUGAACUUGGAGUGUACUUAUUUCCUUGAAAUGUCUCCGAAUUCAUGUAGUUGCAGCUGAAUUUACAUCCUUGGGGUCCAUCCCCUUUGAAUUUAAAAAAUUUAAGGGCAGACAAAGUGGUACUUAAUCAUUUGUUCCCCAAAAUAUUUAGAGUUAAAAAGCAGCCAAGUCAGUUUACAUAGGAGUCUUGGAAUUUGAAUGUGGACAAGAGUUUCAAGGAGCCAUUUAUAGUUUUCGUUGAAUUGUUGGGUGUGAAUAUUAACUUGUUGAAAUCAGGCUUACACUUUCUUUGUAUGUGCUGCAAAGAUUUUAAUAGUAAAUUUCAAUUUUAAAAUGUAGUGUGCCAUUAUUUUUAUUGAUUAACUUCUAGUUUAAGAAGUUUAAUCAGUAGGUUUCCCUCCCCCUUCUUAAAGACAAACUUUCAAACUUGAAGGAAUAUAUUUAUGCACAGUGGUACUUAAGUUUAAGAGAACAAAACUUUAUUUGCAAACUAAAAUUAAUUAUAAUGAUUACUUUGGCACAUUUUAAAAGUUAUUUGGUAAAUAUUGUUUGGGUAUCUGUGAAAGUGCUAUAGACAAGUUUCAUUUAAAUACUAAGUUGAGUUUUCUUUUUCAGUAAUGAAUAUUAGCAUUCCCAAUAUUUCAAAUUAGUCUUUAUAUUGUUUACUUCUCUAUAUAAUUAUUAGGGUUUCUGUAAUGUAAGAGUGUAGGGUAGUUUUUUGAAGUGGCUAUUGGCAUAAUAAAAUUCCAAAAGUUGAUAUAGUUUUUUGUUUUUUGGUUUUUUUGUGUGUGUGUGCUUAAGAUGAAUUUUAAUAGUCUACACUGUUGUAAGCAUAUUGGAUAAGGAGUGACUUUUUUUUUUUUUUCCAAUUUGAGGGAUGCUGUAGUAUUUGCCUUACUACAUUUAUGUAUUGUUAUCACAUUUGUUUCUAUUUGUAAUUUACGGAAUUUGUAUUAUGUUUGAUAGGGUGGAGAAUGGCAAGGGAGUUGGACAUAAGUCUGAACUGCAUGUUUGGGUCAUCAUUAGGUGAAGUGAUGGAAGAGCUUUACAAAUAAUCUGAUUUCAAAUUGAUGUUUUACUUAUAAAAUGGAUUUUUAAGUACAUAACAACUUCUAUAUAUCAGCAUGUGAUAAACCUGGAGUUAACUUUAUGAUAGAAUUCAGUGAGCUUUGAUAUAUUUUAUACAUUCAUGUAACCAACACUACACUCAAAAUAUCUAUUUCCUUCAUACCUUUUCAUGCUAAUUCCAAUCAAGUAGUGUAACUUUCAGCAUACAUGUUUAUUUUUUAAUACUUCCAAGUUGUCUGCUCUGGUUUUAUAUUUCUCUUUUUGCAGAAGUAUAAUCAAGUUCCCUUUGGAACAAAAAAGAUCAUUUUCUAAUGCCCACAAUUUUGAUGCUUUAUAUUGUUUCACUCUAAUAGGUAAUUCUGAAAUGGAUAUCAGGCAUUGAGGUCAAUUACAGAGUUCAAAGAUUAAUCAUAUUUCAUUUUCUUUCCACAGUUAAGUUGCUUUUACAGAAUUAACAGGUCUCCAAGAAAUAAAAGGAAAAGGUCAUUAUUGCUGUGGUUUGAGCUCAGCAUGGCUGUAGUCAUCCGUUUACUGGGGCUUCCUUUUAUUGCGGGGCCUGUGGAUAUCCGUCACUUCUUCAAGGGAUUGACUAUUCCUGAUGGAGGAGUGCAUAUAAUUGGAGGGAAAGUUGGGGAGGCUUUUAUUAUUUUUGCAACAGAUGAAGAUGCGAGACGUGCCAUAAGUCGUUCAGGAGGGUUUAUCAAGGAUUCAUCUGUAGAGCUUUUUCUUAGUAGCAAGGCAGAAAUGCAGAAGACCAUAGAAAUGCAAAGAACUGUUCGUGGAGGAAGAGGGCGACUGGGAUCAGGGGCAUCAGGGGUUGGCAACCUGUACCAUUUUAUUGAUGCUAUGAAGGAAGAGGAGAGUUAUUCUGGAUAUGGCUCUUCAAUUAAUCAAGAUGCUGGGUUUCAUACUAAUGGUACAGGACUUGAUGUAAGGCCAAGAAAGACCAGGCCAUCGAAGGCUGAGAACCCUUACUUGUUUCUACGAGGUUUGCCUUACUUAGUAAAUGAAGAUGAUGUACGUGUCUUUUUCUCUGGUUUGUGUGUGGAUGGAGUAAUUUUCUUAAAACAUCAUGAUGGCCGAAAUAAUGGUGAUGCUGUAGUAAAAUUUGCUUCAUGUAUUGAUGCUUCAGGAGGUCUUAAAUGCCAUAGAAGUUUCAUGGGUUCAAGAUUUAUAGAAGUAAUGCAGGGCUCAGAACAACAGUGGAUUGAAUUUGGUGGUAAUGCAACUACGGGUGGUGGCAUUCCUCGUCUGAGAGCUGAAGACCAUUCUCCUUCAAGAGGGGUUAAUGAUAGGCAUUUUCGAAAACGGUCUCAUUCAAAAUCCCCUAGAAGAACACGUUCUCGCUCCCCUCUUGGAUUUUAUCUACACUUAAAAAAUCUGUCCUUAAGUAUUAACAAAAGAGAUUUAAGAAAUUUCUUUAAACAUACUGACCUGACUAAUGAGCAGAUUAAGUUCUUAUAUAAAGAUGAACGAAGAACACGGUAUGCCUUUGUGAUGUUUAAGAAUCUAAAAGACUAUAAUACUGCCCUGGGCUUGCAUAAGACUGUUUUACAGUAUCGGCCAGUUUUUAUUGAUCCAAUUUCUAGGAAACAAAUGAUGAAAUUCAUUGAAUGCUAUGAAAAGAAGAGACCAGGGUCCAUAGAGAAAGGAAGGCCUGGGCGUGUUUCACAGAAGUACUUUGAAGAAGGCUACUCUGGGCAGAAGCUGUAUAUAUAUAUAAGAAACUUUCCAUUUGACGUUACGAAAGUUGAAGUGCAGAAGUUCUUUGCGGACUUUUCCCUUGUUGAGGAUGACAUUUAUUUGCUUUAUGAUGACAAAGGAGUUGGUUUGGGAGAAGCACUGGUGAGAUUUAAAUCAGAAGAACAGGCUAUGAAAGCUGAACGUUUAAACCGAAGAAGAUUCUUAGGGACAGAGGUGUUGUUAAGACUUAUAUCUGAGGUACAAAUGCAGGAGUUUGGUGUAAAUUUUUCCUUUAUGUGCAAUGAGAAAACACAAGCUCGUUCCCAGUCACAUAGCAGAGAUGACCGUUCCCGUCUGUUUGACUUAAAAGACUCACCAGUAUGUUCACUUGGCCGGUCUGAAAGCGUUGGUUACCAGCCAGAAGACUUAAGGCAUCCCCACAGGUAUUUCCAGCAGUCUGACAGGCACCCUCCAGAAGACUUCCGACACUCUCCUGAGGACUUCCGACAUUCUCCAGAUGACUAUAGACACCCCCAGGAAGAACACAUCAGGCGCUCUAGGGAGGAAGACUGGAGACAGCCUCUGGAAGAUUGGAGAUGGUCCCCGGAAGAUGAUUUCAGGCACUCUCAUGAAAAAGAUUUUAGGCCGCUACCAGAGGAGGAUUUCAGAUACCCUUGGGAGGAAGACUUCAGACGGGCACCUCAGGAGCACUUCAGGAGGCCAUCCCAGGAGCACUAUAGACGGCCACCCCAAGAACAUUUCAGGCUUUCCCGAGAGGAGUAUUUCAGGCAUGUGGCAGAUGAAGACUUUAGGCACCCUUCUGAUGAGGACUUCAGGACCCCCCAAGAAGAAGAUUUGAGAUGUCCCACUGAUGAGGACUUCAGGCAGCUCUCUGAGGAAGACCUUAGGGAAGUACCAGAGGAGGACCUUAGGUUUCCUGACAGUUUUAGACCUCCUGGUGAGGAUUUUUGGACCUCACCUGAUUUCAGAGGUCACCGUCCUUUUAUAAACUUUGGUCACUUAGAAAGUGGAAAGUUUGAUUUUGGAAAGCAUAAUAUGGGAUGCUUUCCUGAGGGAAGAUUUAUGCCUGAUGCAAAAUUAAAUUGUGGUUCAGGUAGAAUAACUCCUGUUAAGAUCAUGAAUCUUCCAUUUAAAGCCAAUGCUAAUGAAAUUUUAGACUUUUUCCAUGGUUACAAAGUCAUACCUGACUCAGUUUCCAUACAGUAUAAUGAGCAAGGGUUACCCAUAGGAGAAGCCAUUGUUGCUAUGAUAAAUUAUAAUGAAGCUAUAGCUGCUAUUAAAGAACUAAAUGGUAGACCAGUCGGUCCCCGCAAAGUUAAGCUCAUUUUGCUUUAGAGAGCCUUUCUGAGUCCAUAGUUUUCUUCCACAGUAUUGAUGCAGUAAAACUACAGCUUCUUAAAGUUUAUUUUUCAUUAUCUAAUUAAACAUUUUAAUUUUAACCUGUGAGUAGACAAAAUGUUGUAUAAAUCUGGUUUUCCUUUGCUUACAAAUGGACAUUCUUUUUCUCCCUAAUUUAAAAUUACAUAUGCUUUUUUUUUUUUUCUUUGCUAGGGGAGAGAAAACAAAUUUCCUGAAUUCAUUAGUUUCACUGAUGUUAUGGAUAAACCCCAGUCUUGUGAACUGUGGAGUUAUGUUGGGGGAAGGUAAAUUUAAUUUUGUUUUCACCAUCUUUUACUCAGACUGUGUAAGGAAAGGAUGGAUGACUGAUGGUUCAGAUCUGGCACUUCCAUUGCUACCUGCUUGCAGAACUCCCUAGUGUUUGAGAUACUGUGUUAAGGUCUCCUAUUCACUCUAAAUAGCUCAGAAAAUGAACAUACUGUGAACUUGAAAUUUACUUAUGUGAAAGGCUUAGGAAAUUCUCAUAAUUUGUGUUCAUAACUUUGAAAAGUUUUAUAAAAAUAAAAUUGCAACUGAAAUACUUA